AGAUGUCCCUCGGUGUUCAUUUUUAUCAUCGUUGACCUUUCCAUUUACCUGUUCUGAGGCGCAACGAGUAAAAGGAAAGAAUACAUAUAAGUAAACACAGACGGAUACAUCCGUGCGGCAUGGGACAGCAGCGGAAGAAGGAAGCCGCCGCGGCACUUGUGCGGGACGUCCCGGACCCAGCCCCCUUCUUUUCCCUCGGCGCCGCGCAGUUCCGCGACGCGAUUGUUGUGACAAAAGUCGUCUCCGUCGUGCUGCCGCUGCGCCACAUGCGUGAUCGGACGAUUCUGCACGAGAUGGUGCUCAAGAAACUGCUGCACCGCUCCUUUGAACCGUCUGCGGAGGACCUGGCGCAGCAGCCUUCACAGCACGACGAGACGGGGACGAGUAAAUUAGGGCUGUCGUCGUCUCCUGCCACCGACGUGUAUGUGAUCGUCCACAUCAAAUCGGUGGAGGUGCACGCGGACACGGCGCGGCAGGGAAACCCGCAGGGAGACGUGCAGGUAAAUGUGAUGACCACGCUCGUCGCCGCCCACGUGCAGCACGGUCUGGUGGCUGGCGUAGCGGAGCGAUCUCCGUUUGCGACGUGUAUGCUGGUGCGACUCCCGAAUGUGGCCGUGUCCGCCGCGGUGGCAUCGAAUGAGAGCGCCAGCGCCGCCGAUGCCCUCAACCUGGCCAGUGUGACGCUCGAGGGCGGAAAUCAACGUGCGAAGGACGACGAGGAAGGAAAGGAGACGUCAUCGCCGCAGCCGCUGCUGCUGCCGUCCAACGAGUCCGGCGAGGUGCCGGUUGAUCGACAGCUGCGGGUGACGGCACGGUGUCUCGAGGAGGAGCCCGUCGUACCGGGGCAGGCCGUCCUGCUCGUGUCGGAGCCGGCGGCGAUGCGGUGUUUGGCAGUUCGACCCCCACGUGACGCACCCGGUCCUUUUUUCUUUUCGGAGGACACCACAGUGGGUCCUAUCGGGGCGGCUGUGGCGGCCGCGGCAGGAAAGAGGCGGCGGCCGUCUCGCAGGACAACGCAAGAGGGACAGGACGGGGCGGAGGUGGCGCAGCCGGCGAGUGCGACGGGGCGGCGUGUCGUGGUGAUCGCGUGCAACAUUCCAAAGACCGCCGAUGGGGCUGAUGGCGGUCACAAACGCCCGCGCUGGUGA